AUGGAUCCCCAUUACUCUCAAAAUUUCCGCUCUACUUCUACAGACGAAAGGAGCAAUGCGGACCUUCUCUCGACCUCGCAUGCCUACUCCCGUUACGCGGCAGAGUUUCAACUGGAUUUGAACGAUUCGGAUGGACCUAAUUAUCGGGGUGCAAAUGCCCAGUAUUCUGGAGCUUUUCUUCCAGCUGCUUCACAAAACAUCAUUUCUCCUAUGACUGAAAGAGACGGAAAAGAGCCGGCACUGUCAUUGGAGCAAGCACUAGAUAUGUCGCCCCACAGCGCUAUGUGGCGAGGAUAUCUACCAAGAAUGCCGACAGAGCUGCGAACCGAAAUGGAGCGCAAACUGAGAGAAAAUCCGAUGAGAGACGAAGCCUUUUUCCAAACGAGUUUUGAUGAGUUCUCGCGCAAAGUAUAUGGUCCUCGCGAACAGAUUGAUCGUCAAAACAAUCUGAGACAACCACAAUUUCGAAGACAACCUGAACAACAACAACUUCGUGCGGCAUCUCAGCAUCACUAUUAUCAUGACCGGGUACCUCAACAUAACCAAAGUGGCAUGGUCCCAGCCAAUCAGAAUUCCCUCCCUCAUCGACAGGCUGCCACCCACAAACAAGCCAUGCCCGCCAAUCAACAGAGGGUUCAGGCUAGGGCCACCUAUGACCAGAAUAGCUACUACCAUCAUCGCAGCUCUGAAAAUUGA